AUGAUUGGAUGUAUGAGAUGGAACAAAAGAAGUGUACAUGGAUUGAAUAAGUAUCCAAAAACGAUACUUGUGGUUGAUAUGUAUGGAACAACAACCAAUUUAAUGAAAGAUUUAGUUAGGUGCCAGGUUAAUGGUACCCAAAUCGACUUUGAAGAAACACAAACACAUUAUUCGUUGGUGAUUGUUUGCAACAACAGGUUCAAAUUCAGAGUGGAUAAUCCGCUUUCGCUUGUGGACUGUGAGAUCUGGUUCAGUAGAAAAGCAUUUUCACUAGAUGUGUUUAUUGAUGCACUCCAUCAUUAUUCAGAGUGUGAAAUACGUAAUGGCGUGUAA